AUGACGUCUCCGGACGCCGAAAAUGGGAUCCAUCAGGCCCGAGAAGACCAGCCGCUUCUCCGAGCACCUGAGGAGGACUCUUGGAAACCGCCGCCGGGGUUCCUCUGGAUCCAAGUGGCCAUCAUGUCCAAUGUCUUUUUGUACGGCUUUGACGGGACUAUCACGGCUGCAACAUAUGCCGUGAUCAGCUCCGAGUUCGACGCAGCCAACACGGCGUCGUGGUUGACGACCUCGUACCUGGUGACGAGCACGGCAUUCCAACCUCUGUAUGGGCGCGUGUCGGAUAUUUUUGGGCGCAGGGUGUGCUUCUUCAUCUCGACUAUCACAUUCGCGCUUGGGUGCCUCGGUUGUGGUAUUGCUGGUGACAUUGUGCUGCUCAACUGUAUGCGUGCAUUGACCGGGUUCGGAGGUGGCGGUUUGAUGACGAUGGCAACCAUCGUAAACUCGGAUAUGAUCCCGUUCCGCAAGCGUGGCAUGUACCAGGCCUUGCAGAACGGCAUGUUUGGCUUCGGCGCCAUCUGUGGUGCCUCCUUCGGCGGAUCCAUCGCCGACAGCAUCGGCUGGCGGUGGUGUUUCAACCUCCAGGUCCCAAUUUCGAUUUUUGCGCUCUUUGUUGGCGCAUUGGUCAUCAAGAAUCCUGAGGGCGGCUUUCAUUUGGGCCAGAGCUUCCGAGCAACCUGGGCUAGGGUGGACUUCACGGGUUCGUUGUUGCUGGUCGUUGCAAUCUCGCUACAACUCGUUGGUCUGAGCCUCGGUGGUAAUGAGCUUCCAUGGGGCAGCCCGUGGGUGAUCGGUUCGCUCGUAGGGAGUUUCGUGCUUCUUGGGCUCUUCCUGUGUGUGGAAGCGAAGACUUGCGCCAUUCCCAUCAUUCCUCUUCGCUUGCUUUCCGGCAAACUGCCUGCUUUGAUCCAGUUUUCCAACAUCUGUGUUGGCACGUCUGCAUACGCGUAUCUGUUCAAUCUUCCCCUUUUCUUCCAAGUGGUCCUCCUGGACUCUGCUACGACGGCCGGUGGGCGCCUCGCGAUUCCCUCACUCGCGACGCCUAUCGGUGGUCUCAUUGCCGGCAUCGUCAUGUCGAGAUGGGGGAAGCUGGUGACCCUGGUUCGAGUCGGUGCCAUCCUCAUGGUCGUCGGGAAUGCCCUGGUCACCUCGCUUGGCUUCCAGGAUUCGGUGUGGAAGUACUACGUGUACAUCUUCCCUGCGAACCUGGGCCAGGGGAUUGUGUAUCCGGGCAUUCUCUUCACUUCGCUUGCCACUUUUGAUCACGCAGGAACUGUGUACGGCGUUGCCAUCACAUCUGCCAUUGUGCAAACCACGCUCAGCGUCCGGCUUCCGGAUGCUUUGGGCGAGAUACCAGAUAAAUGGAGAGUUAUCGACGAGAUCCGACACUCGGUAUCCGCCAUCAAGACUCUCCCUCCGGAUGUGCAGCUCAAGGCUCGACUUGUUUACUAUGACGGGCUCCGCUACUCUUUUGCCGUGUCGACGGCUGUCGCGGCUGCUGCCGUCUGCACUGCUCUGCUUGCCCGGGCACGAGGGCUCCGCAGCACCAAAUAA